AUGGAUUUUAAUAAUACCCCAAUAAAAGAUACCGAAGAAUAUAAACAACUUACAAAAUCAUUGGAGAUAUUGGAACAACAAAGAAAAACAAGAGAAGAAGAUAUAGAGAGAUUGAAACGUUUACAUAAGGAUGCUUUAGAGAAUCCAAUAGAGUUUCUUGAACGUUUGAUUUCCGGUACUAUAGUGCUUCCAACAAAACAACCGAUUGAACCUAUUCCAAUACUUCCUAAUCUAACUACAAAUCUUACAAAGAGGAAGUUAUUAACAGAUGAUUUCUAUACAACUUCAUCAACUGUAGAUAACAAUAGCAAUAGUAAUAAUAAAUCAAAAGAUGUAAAUAAUAAUAAUAUAUUAGAUAGUUCAUUUGAAGAUAAUUUAGAAGCAUCAUCAUCAUCAACAACAACACCAUCAUCAUCUACAAAGAAGAAGAAUAAGAAUAAAGAUGAUUAUGCUUCAUUCAAUAGACCUUGGUCAGAGGAAGAACAGAAACGAUUGGAAGAGUUACUUGCAGAGUUCCCAGAGGAACCGGUGGCAGCACAUCGUUGGACAAAGAUUGCCAACGCUCUAAAGAACAGAACACCCAAACAAGUAGCAAGUCGUACUCAAAAGUAUUUCGUAAAGCUUCAUAAAUUGGGAUUACCAAUUCCAGGUAAACCUCCUAAUCUACCUUCUUUAUUCCCUAAGCCACCGAUGAAGAAAAAGAAUAGAAACUCUACGGCUACCACUAAGGAACUAGAUUCACCAACUGAUUAUCCACCAACGAAUUACAACAUACCACCGGGUGUACCAAUUUCACCACCUACAACACCAUCACCAACAAAGAAGAGUAAGAACAAAAAUAAGAAUAGCAAAGAGUCGAAUUCAACUACAUCUACACCAAAGUCUAAAUCUAAAAGUAAAGGUGGUUCUUCUUCAUCUGCAUCCAGCACAAAGUCGGAGGAAUCUGCUUUGGUAGUACACGAAGGCUACAAGUGUGAUGGAUGCGAUGAAGAGCCAAUCAUUGGAAUUCGCUGGAGAUGCGAAGAGUGUUUGGAGAUAGAUCUCUGUGACGAGUGUAACAAUACUUAUGAGGAGAUCGGUUCACAUAAAUCCACUCAUCAUAUGCGUUCCUACACAACGGUGGAUCCCGAUUACUUUAGAGAUGAAGACUAUCGAUUUUCAUAUACAGGUGGAGAAUCAAAUUAUUUAGAUCCAAACUAUACAAAAUAA